AAGAAGAAGAAAUCAUCUUCACCUGGUGCAUUCAGGCAGAUAGGGGCGUGGCCUACAGCUCAACUUAACAUUUACAGAUGGUGUCCUCCUGUUGGAUUUUACUCUCAGUGAGAUGACGUCUUCAGUCCAUGAAAACUGUGAUCCAGCAGUAGAAAAUGAUGUUUGGAAGAAAACCUUUGACAGCUGCACCAUUGCUGAUUCUUGUGAUGAAUAUCUUCAGAGGACAUGCACUACCAUGUCAUCCAUCAGAGUAUCAGAGAGGGAAUGAAUGCUGUCCUAAGUGUCUUCAUGGAAGUCGAGUUAAAACAGAUUGCACAGAGUUCAGGAGUACUUCCUGUCUGUCCUGCACUGAGGGAACCUUCAUGAAUCAUCCUACAGGACGGACACAAUGUUUCUCCUGUACAAUCUGUGAUGCAGGUUCUGGUUUGAAGAUAAAGACAUCAUGUACAACAACAUCAGAUACAGUUUGUGAACCACUGGAGGGAUUCUACUGUUUGGACUCUGCAGAGGACGGCUGUAUGUCAGCACAGAGACAAACACUCUGUCAACCAGGACAAUACAUCAGACAGAACGGAACAGCAUUAACAGACACUGAGUGCUCUGUCUGCAGUGCUGGAACAUAUUCAGAUGGAACAUUUCCAUCCUGUCAGCCACACACACAAUGUGAAUCAAUGAAUCUUCAGCUGAUAAAAGCAGGAACUGUUUCAACUAAUGCUCAAUGUGGAGAACAAAGUUCAAACCCAACAGGGAUUGUGAUUGGUGUUGUUAUUGUAGGAGCAGUGAUUUUUUUUAUUAAUUGGAGCAGCUUCAUUUGUAUUGUACCAUUGCAGGAGGAAGAAAGGGUGUCUUAACACAGGAAUGAAUGCAGACAUAUCCACCCAGGUUCCUGAUAAACAACAUGCAAAGGAAUGUGAUGUAGAAAGAACAGAAACAUGUAAUGUUACACAUCACUUUCAUGAGGAAAUCACAGAAAGGACUACAUUUCUUUCUGAAACUUCAGAAAAUGCCUGUGCCAAGUUGUCAUUAACUUCUACAGAGGAGCAAUAGAAAGCAUCCUGACUGGAGACAUCAAAACUCUUUGAUCAUCCCUCAAAGUAUCCACUGGAUGGGUACUAUGUGUCCUGAACUGUAACAUGUUGGGACACAUGGUUUCGUCGCCUAACCAUGUUCAAAAUAAAUGGGAGCAGGGGUGUUUUUGCUGCAGCACCUGGUUUGAUGAA